AGGAGCUGACCCUAAGUCAAGUAUCUGGACACCAGUAACUGGGCUGAGAAGCGAUUUCAGCAAAUACCAGUAAAGAAAGAAGAGAGUCGAGAGAAUUGAAAGCAGGAUGCUGCCCAUCACGGACUACUUGUUGCACCUGCUGGGACUGGAGAAGACAGCCUUUCGAGUGUAUGCCGUGUCCGCGCUGCUGCUCUUCCUCCUUUUCUUCCUCUUCCGCCUGCUCCUGCAGGUAUUCAAAUUAUGUUGGGACUUCCGCACCACUUGUCGCAGGUUGAGCUGCUUCCCAGAACCUCCAGGCCGCCACUGGCUGCUGGGCCACGUGAGCAUGUAUCUUCCCAACGAGAAGGGCCUUCAAAAGGAGGAGAAAGUCCUGGAUACCAUGCACCACAUCAUCCUGGCAUGGGUCGGACCUUUCCUGCCUCUCUUGGUGCUUGUACAUCCUGAUUACAUCAAGCCUGUGUUGAGUGCUUCAGCUGCCAUUGCGCCCAAGGAUGAGUUUUUCUACAGUUUCCUGAAGCCUUGGUUAGGGGAUGGACUUUUGCUCAGCAAAGGGAACAAGUGGAGCCGGCACCGCCGCCUGCUCACACCUGCUUUCCACUUUGACAUCCUGAAGCCCUACAUGAAGAUCUUCAACCAGAGCACAGACAUCAUGCAUGCUAAAUGGCGGCGGCGUCUGGCAGAGGGCUCUGUGACCUCCUUUGAUAUGUUCGAGCAUGUCAGUCUUCUGACCCUGGACAGCCUUCAGAAAUGUGUGUUCAGUUACAACAGUGACUGCCAGGAGAGAAUGAGCGAUUACAUCUCUUCCAUCAUCGAACUGAGCGCUCUGGUCGUGAAACGCCAAUACCGCCUGCAUCACUACCUGGAUUUCAUCUACUAUUUCACGGCCGACGGGCGGCGCUUCCGCCAGGCCUGCGACACCGUGCAUAAGUUCACCACUGAAGUCAUCCAGGAGCGGCGGCGGGCACUGCACAAACAGGGCGCAGAGGCGUGGCUGAAGGCCAAGCAAGGCAAAACCUUGGACUUCAUAGACGUGCUGCUGCUGGCCAAGGAUGAAGAGGGAAAGGAAUUGUCUGAUGAGGACAUCCGGGCAGAGGCUGAUACAUUCAUGUUUGAAGGUCAUGACACAACAUCUAGUGGGCUGUCGUGGGCACUGUUCAACCUGGCCAAGUAUCCGGAGUAUCAGGAGAAGUGCCGGAAAGAGAUCCAAGAAGUCAUGAAAGGCCGGGAGCUGGAAGAGCUGGACUGGGACGACCUGACUCAGCUGCCCUUCACCACCAUGUGUAUCAAGGAGAGCCUCCGCCAGUUCCCACCCGUGACGCUCAUCUCUCGCCGAUGCACCGAGGACAUCAAGCUGCCAGAUGGGCGCAUCAUUCCCAAAGGUAUUAUCUGCCUGCUCAGUAUCUAUGGGACGCACUACAACCCCCUAGUGUGGCCUGACUCUAAGGUGUACAAUCCUUACCGCUUUGAUCCGGAAAUCCCACAACAGCGCUCCCCACUGGCCUAUGUACCUUUCUCAGCAGGUCCCAGGAACUGCAUUGGGCAGAGCUUCGCCAUGGCAGAGAUGCGAGUGGUCGUGGCGCUGACACUGCUGCGCUUCCGCCUGAGUGUGGACCGAACGCACAAGGUGCGGCGGAAGCCGGAGCUCAUUCUGCGCACGGAGAACGGGCUUUGGCUCAAAGUGGAGCCUCUGCCACCGAGGGCCUGAACGUGCCUGGCGGGGCCCGGCGGAUCCCGGGGUUCAAGCUCCGCCCACUCAGGCCUAGACCACGCCUCCAAGGGUCUGGGUCCGCCUCCAGGAUAUUGAAGGCGUAGAUUAUGCUCCUCGAAAGUACGGGAGGUUAAAGCUUUGUGGAGACUCUUGUUGGUGCCGACCACGCCCCUCAGGACAAGGCCCAGCCCCUUGGGAUCUGAUUCCUCCAUUUGAGGUCAAAGUCCCGCCUUAAAUUACCCUCAUCACCUAUCAGCGUGAGGGAAUCAGGCUAGGCCCCGCCCCCUGGGCUUGGGCCACGCUCCCAAGACAAGGCAGAUCAACCUGGCCCCGCGGGUUCAGGUUCCCAGACCUGACCCACAGAACCUUCCCUAGACCUAAGACUCAACGCUGGGACUGGAUUCUCGCCUUCCCUCCGGCUACGCCCAGGUUAGCUUCUAAACUGAGGUUUUAGAAGCUGGAGUUGCAGCCCUGAACCUUCAACGUCACCUUUCUAAGACUCGCACCUAUGCGGAAGGAUUGCACAAGCUGAAUCUCAGGACUUUGGCUGUUUGCUUUGUUGUUUUUUUUUGAAACCCGGAUCCUUACAAGCCCCUUCCUCCUUGGUCACGGUCCCUUUGCUGAGUUUUCUCACUUUUUAAGAGUAAAAGCAAAGGGAUGCUUUCACCUUUCACCUCAACCCAUCCCAGAUCCGGAGCCCAAGAUGGGGAGGAGGGAUUCUUGGCAGUUGGGAAAUGACUGGGGGAAGCUGUUUGUUCUCGAACUAAACUCGGAUUUUGGGGGGCAGUUUGUGCACUGUUUAUUUGGUCAAUAGAUUGCAAAUUAA